AUCUUUUUAUAUUAUUAAUUUUAUAUAGGUUUGGAAACGUUGGGUAGGUAAUAAUGAUGAUGCAGGUAAAAACAGACUUUCUUUAUUAACUAAAGCACUAAUGUUGAGACGAACAAAAGAUCAGUUACAAAAAACUACAAAAUUCAAUUUACCCCAUAAAACAUUUCAUACCAUCAAAGUCGAAUUAUUUAAAGAAGAAAAAGAAGCAUAUGAAAAAGUGUUGCAUUUCUCGAGUUCACUGUUUGCAACAUAUCUCUAUGAAAAAGCUGACAAAGAAAAUGCUAUUGAUCGUGGUUUUCCAGUUAAACACAAGGCUAAAUAUUUAAGUCAAAAUAGUGACAAUAUUUUUAAAGAUCAUCCUGAACUGGACAAAUUAUUCAAACAAUUAGUGAAUAACAAAAACAUUCAAACUCAUCAUAUCUUAGUUUUAAUAUUACGACUUAGACAACUAUGUUGUCAUCCUUGUUUAUUGAAAAAUAUGUUGGAAGAUGAAUGUCUAAAGACUGAUGGCAUACAAGAUAAUAAAGAUUUGGAUAUUGUAGACAAAUUGAGUCGAAUGUCUAUUGGAAUUCCAAAUAUUGAAAACGAUACUGUUAAAAGCAAUAAUGUAAUUUUUAAUGAAAAAUGGAUUAGUUCAAAGAUUAAAGCUGUCUGCGAUAUGGUGAAUGAAAAAGUAUUGCAUACUGAUGAUAAGGCUGUAAUUGUGUCUCAAUGGCCAAGUGUGUUAAACCUUGUUAACAAACAAUUAUCUCAAUAUGGUGUUAAAACUGAGAUAUUCAGUGGAGCUGUUCCCGUUCCACAAAGAAACAAAAUAAUAAGUGAAUUUGACCAACCCAAAGGUGGACCAAAAGUAAAUAAMAAUUUUAUAUUAUAUUAUGGCUAUCUUCCUGUAUGCGCUCUACCGGCAGCAUUGCGACUGCAGAAUGCGCUCUACCGUGUUUUUCCACCCUACAACUAUAUUUCAUUUAUAGACAAUAUAUUCAAGUAAUAAGUGGGAUGAUAUAAAGUGGUUUUAAUAACGAACAAAAAUUGUUAUGAAUAAAGUAAUAAAAAUGAUUAUAUUAUAAUAUCAACGCA